AAAAAAAACAGCGGCGGCGGCCGGUCGUGUUUCGGUUGGAGCUCGGUUCUUUUUCAAGAUUACACCUCGAAUUUCAGUAAACAAAUGCGAUAGAUAAACGGAAAAGGUGGAAAAUAUCUAAAUCCCUUGAUUGAUUAAGUCGACUUGAGAAAAGAGCGAUCGGCGCGCUGCACUUUUCCAGCGAUUGUUGAAACCACAAGAGGAACGGGAUUUGGUAUUUGGAUGCCCAGCCAGGAUCAGUAAAUGAAGGACGACGAAUAUGGUGAUUGUAACACGUGGUGACUACAUCUGGAUAGAGCCCGCCUCGGGGCGAGAAUUCGAUGUGGCCAUUGGAGCACGUGUCAUCUCCGCCGAGGGUCGCCGCAUCCAGGUUCGCGAUGACGAUGGCGACGAGGUGUGGCUGGCGCCGGAGCGCCGCAUCAAGGCCAUGCACGCAUCCUCCGUACAGGGAGUGGAGGACAUGAUAUCCCUCGGCGAUCUGCAUGAGGCUGGUAUUCUGCGAAAUCUUCUCAUCCGCUACAAGGAGAAUCUGAUAUAUACCUACACUGGUUCCAUAUUGGUUGCGGUGAAUCCCUACCAGAUCCUGCCCAUCUACACGGCCGAUCAGAUAAAACUCUACAAGGAGCGCAAAAUCGGAGAGCUGCCGCCACACAUAUUCGCCAUUGGGGACAAUGCCUAUGCGCACAUGAAACGCUACCGCCAGGAUCAGUGCAUCGUCAUCUCGGGCGAGUCGGGAGCUGGCAAGACUGAGAGCACAAAACUCAUCCUCCAAUACCUGGCAGCCAUCAGUGGCAAGCACUCGUGGAUCGAGCAACAAAUCCUCGAGGCGAAUCCCAUUUUGGAGGCCUUUGGAAAUGCCAAAACCAUUCGGAAUGAUAACUCAUCGAGGUUUGGCAAAUAUAUAGACAUCCACUUUAGCGCCAAUGGCGUGAUCGAGGGAGCCAAGAUCGAACAAUACCUGUUGGAGAAGUCGCGGAUCGUCUCCCAGAAUCACAGCGAGCGCAAUUAUCAUGUCUUUUAUUGCAUUUUGGCGGGACUAUCAUCAGAGGAGAAGGGACGUCUCGAUCUGGGAAUGGCAGCAGAUUACAAAUACCUAACCGGAGGCAAUAGCAUCACCUGCGAGGGACGAGAUGAUGCCGCCGAAUUCUCAGACAUACGGUCUGCCAUGAAGGUUCUGCUCUUCUCCGACCAGGAGAUCUGGGAGAUCAUCAAGCUACUUGCCGCCUUGCUGCAUUGCGGAAACAUUAAGUACAAGGCCACGGUGGUGGAUAAUUUGGACGCCACUGAGAUACCAGAACACAUAAAUGUAGAGCGUGUGGCCGGACUUCUAGGUCUGCCGAUAGGGCCCCUCAUCGAUGCCCUCACACGACGCACACUGUUUGCCCACGGGGAGACGGUGGUGUCCACCCUAUCUCGAGAUCAGUCCGUCGAUGUACGAGAUGCCUUUGUAAAGGGCAUCUAUGGCCGACUCUUUGUGCACAUCGUGAGGAAGAUAAAUACGGCCAUUUUCAAGCCGCGGAGUACUUCCCGCAAUGCCAUCGGGGUACUGGACAUCUUUGGAUUCGAGAACUUUGACCAGAACAGCUUCGAGCAGUUCUGCAUCAACUACGCCAACGAGAACCUGCAGCAGUUCUUUGUGCAGCACAUCUUUAAGCUGGAGCAGGAGGAGUACAACCACGAGGCCAUCAACUGGCAGCACAUUGAGUUUGUGGACAAUCAGGAUGCCCUCGACUUGAUAGCCAUCAAGCAGCUGAACAUCAUGGCGCUGAUCGACGAGGAGGCCCGAUUCCCCAAGGGCACGGAUCAGACGAUGCUGGCGAAACUGCACAAGACCCACGGAGCGCACAAGAACUAUCUGAAACCCAAGUCUGAUAUCAACACUAGCUUCGGUCUGAACCACUUUGCCGGUGUGGUGUUCUACGAUACGCGAGGAUUCCUCGACAAGAACCGGGACACCUUCAGUCCGGACUUGCUGCACCUGGUUAGCCAGAGUGGCAACAAGUUCUUGCGUCAAAUUUUCGCCCAGGACAUUGAGAUGGGCGCGGAGACAAGGAAACGAACUCCGACGCUUUCCACUCAGUUCCGCAAAUCCCUGGAUGCCCUCAUGAAGACCCUGUGCAGUUGCCAGCCCUUCUUCAUUCGGUGCAUAAAGCCCAACGAACUGAAGAAGCCCAUGAUGUUCGAUCGUGGCUUGUGUUGCCGGCAGCUACGCUAUUCCGGUAUGAUGGAAACCAUACGCAUCCGACGCGCCGGCUACCCCAUCCGUCAUGGCUUCCGGGAGUUUGUGGAGCGCUAUCGCUUCUUGAUACCCGGAGUGCCGCCGGCACAUCGUACCGAUUGCCAGGCCGCCACUUCGCGGAUCUGUGCAAUGGUUCUUGGAAAAUCCGAUUACCAGCUGGGCCACACAAAGGUGUUCUUAAAGGACGCCCACGAUCUGUUCUUGGAGCAGGAGCGGGACAGGGUGCUCACCCGCAAGAUCCUCAUCCUACAGCGCAGCAUUCGCGGAUGGGUAUAUCGCAGGCGCUUCCUCAGACUUCGAGCCGCGGCCAUCACCGUGCAGAGAUUCUGGAAGGGAUACGCCCAGCGGAAGAGGUACCGCAACAUGCGCGUGGGCUACAUGCGGCUGCAGGCCUUGAUUCGAUCCCGGGUCCUGUCCCAUCGGUUCCGCCAUCUGAGAGGUCACAUUGUGGGCCUGCAGGCGCAUGCUCGUGGCUACUUGGUGAGGCGGGAGUACGGCCACAAGAUGUGGGCUGUCAUCAAGAUCCAGUCCCAUGUGCGGCGCAUGAUUGCUGUUCGUCGCUACCGGAAACUCCGCCUGGAGCAUAAGCAGUUCGCUGAAGUUCUGCAGCUGCGGAAGCUCGAGGAGCAGGAGCUGUUGCAUCGCGGCAACAAACAUGCCCGCGAAAUCGCCGAGCAGCACUAUCGCGAUCGUUUGCACGAGCUGGAGAGGCGCGAGUUGCAGGAGCAGCUUGAGGAUCGACGGCGUGUGGAGGUCAAGAAGAACAUCAUCAACGAUGCGGCCCGGAAACAGGAGGAACCAGUGGACGACAGCAAGUUGGUGGAGGCCAUGUUCGAUUUCCUUCCCGACUCGAGCAGCGAUGCUCCCACUCCACACGGUGGCAGGGAGACCUCAGUGUUCAAUGACCUACCCCAUGCUCAAAACGUUAACCAGGAGGAUAUUAUUGCACCCAUCCACAUAUCCGAGGACGAGGAGGAUCUUUCCGAGUUCAAGUUCCAAAAGUUCGCCGCCACCUACUUCCAGGGCAAUGUGAAUCAUCAGUACGCGAAGAAGGCUCUCAAGCAUCCUCUACUGCCGCUCCACACGCAGGGAGACCAACUGGCCGCCCAGGCCCUAUGGAUAACCAUUCUCAGGUUCACCGGCGACAUGCCAGAACCCAAGUAUCACACCAUGGAUCGCAUGGACACCACAUCGGUUAUGUCCAAAGUGACGGCCACUUUGGGGCGUAAUUUCAUAAGAAGCAAGGAAUUCCAAGAAGCCCAGCUCAUGGGCCUGGAUCCCGACGCCUUCUUGAAGCAAAAGCCGCGUUCGAUUCGCCACAAACUCGUGUCCCUGACCUUGAAGCGCAAGAACAAGUUGGGCGAGGAUGUCCGGAGGCGACUGCAGGAUGACGAAUAUACAGCGGAUAGCUACCAGUCGUGGCUGCAGUCACGGCCCACCUCGAAUCUCGAGAAGCUCCACUUCAUCAUCGGGCAUGGUAUUUUGAGGGCAGAGUUGCGCGAUGAAAUCUACUGCCAGAUCUGCAAGCAGUUGACCAACAAUCCCCUCAAGUCCUCCCAUGCCAGGGGAUGGAUUCUGCUCUCCCUGUGCGUCGGCUGCUUUGCGCCCUCGGAGAAGUUUGUCAACUACUUGAGAGCAUUUAUUCGCGAAGGACCACCUGGAUAUGCGCCCUACUGCGAGGAGAGGCUCAAGCGGACCUUCAACAACGGAACUCGCAACCAGCCGCCAUCCUGGCUGGAGCUUCAGGCCACCAAGUCCAAGAAGCCAAUCAUGCUUCCCAUUACAUUCAUGGACGGAAAUACCAAAACCCUGCUGGCCGAUUCCGCCACCACGGCCCGGGAGCUGUGCAAUCAGCUGUCGGACAAAAUUACCCUCAAGGACCAGUUCGGCUUCUCGCUGUACAUCGCUUUGUUCGAUAAAGUCAGCUCCCUGGGCAGUGGCGGCGAUCACGUGAUGGACGCCAUCUCCCAGUGCGAGCAGUACGCCAAGGAGCAGGGCGCCCAGGAGAGGAAUGCUCCGUGGCGCCUCUUCUUCCGCAAGGAGAUCUUUGCUCCCUGGCAUGAACCCACCCAUGACCAGGUGGCCACCAAUCUGAUAUACCAGCAGGUGGUUCGUGGCGUCAAGUUUGGGGAGUAUCGCUGCGACAAGGAGGAGGACCUGGCCAUGAUUGCGGCUCAGCAGUACUUUAUCGAAUACGGCACCGACAUGUCCAUGGAGCGGCUGUUCACUCUGCUGCCGAACUUCAUUCCCGACUUUUGUCUCAGCGGCGUGGACAAGGCCAUCGAGCGGUGGGCCGCCUUGGUGUUGCAGGCCUACAAGAAGUCCUACUACGUCAAGGACAAGAUAGCCCCACUGAAAAUUAAGGAGGACAUCGUCAGCUAUGCCAAGUAUAAGUGGCCACUCCUCUUUUCACGAUUCUACGAGGCAUACCGCAACUCGGGCCCCAAUCUGCCCAAGAACGAUGUCAUCAUAGCCGUCAACUGGACGGGUGUCUAUGUGGUGGAUGAUCAGGAGCAGGUUCUGCUCGAGCUUAGUUUCCCGGAGAUCACCGCUGUGUCCAGCCAGAAGACCAACAAGGUGUUUACCCAAACCUUCAGCUUGUCCACAGUGCGAGGCGAGGAGUUCACGUUUCAGAGUCCCAACGCGGAGGAUAUAAGGGACUUGGUGGUCUACUUCCUGGAUGGUCUGAAGAAACGUUCCAAGUUCGUCAUCGCCUUGCAAGAUUAUCGCGCUCCUUCGGACGGCACGAGUUUCCUGUCCUUCUUCAAGGGCGAUCUGAUCAUCCUCGAAGACGAGUCCUGUGGAGAGUCCGUGCUGAACAACGGCUGGUGUAUAGGACGCUGCGAUCGCUCCCAGGAGCGCGGUGACUUCCCCGCUGAGACUGUCUAUGUUCUGCCCACCCUGUCCAAGCCCCCGCAGGAUAUCCUGGCUCUGUUCAACAUCGAGGAGGCUCACCAUGGCAGGCGUCUGAGCAUGGCCUCCAAUGGCGGGGCAGUUGAGCCACGCGACCGACCACAUACGCUGAUGGAGUACGCUCUCGACCACUUUCGGCUGCCACCCAAACGCACCAUGUCCAAGACGCUUACGUUGAGCUCGAAGAGGAGCGAGGAACUGUGGCGCUAUGCCCGGGAUCCCAUCAAGGCGCCACUGCUGCGCAAGCUGCAAAGCAAGGAGGAGCUGGCUGAAGAGGCUUGCUUCGCCUUUGCCGCCAUACUGAAGUACAUGGGCGAUCUUCCCUCAAAGCGUCCGCGGAUGGGAAACGAGAUCACAGACCACAUAUUUGAUGGCCCGCUCAAGCACGAAAUCCUGCGGGAUGAGAUCUACUGCCAGCUGAUGAAACAACUGACGGACAACAGGAACCGAAUGUCCGAGGAGCGCGGAUGGGAGCUGAUGUGGUUGGCCACAGGACUCUUUGCCUGUUCCCAGGGUCUCUUGAAGGAACUGUUGCUCUUCCUGCGCAGCCGUCGUCAUCCCAUUUCGCAGGACUCCAUGCAUCGUUUGCAAAAGACCAUUCGCCACGGGCAGCGCAAGUAUCCGCCACAUCAAGUGGAGGUGGAGGCCAUACAGCACAAAACCACACAGAUAUUCCACAAGGUCUACUUCCCCGAUGACACCGAUGAGGCAUUUGAGGUGGACAGCUCCACCAGGGCCAAGGACUUUUGCAAUAAUAUCUCGCAACGUUUAUCGCUUCGGACCAGUGAGGGCUUUUCCUUGUUCGUCAAGAUUGCUGACAAAGUUAUCUCGGUACCAGAGGGCGACUUUUUCUUCGACUUUGUACGCCAUCUGACCGACUGGAUAAAGAAGGCGCGACCCAUUCGAGACGGAGCCAAUCCACAGUUCACCUACCAGGUCUUCUUCAUGAAGAAACUGUGGACGAACACAGUGCCAGGCAAGGAUCGCAAUGCCGAUCUCAUUUUCCACUAUCACCAGGAGUUGCCCAAGCUAUUGCGCGGCUAUCACAAGUGCUCCAGGGAGGAGGCGGCUAAACUUGCGGCCCUUGUCUUCCGGGUGCGCUUCGGGGAAAAUAAACAAGAACUGCAAGCCAUACCGCAAAUGUUAAGGGAACUCAUUCCUUCGGACAUUAUGAAAAUGCAGAGCACUAGCGAAUGGAAGCGAUCGAUUGUGGCUUCUUAUAACCAGGAUGGUGGCAUGACCUCCGAAGAUGCCAAGGUGGCUUUCUUAAAGAUUGUCUACAGAUGGCCUACAUUUGGUUCUGCGUUCUUCGAGGUGAAACAAACUACCGAACCGAACUAUCCCGAAAUGUUACUGAUAGCUAUUAACAAACACGGCGUGAGUCUCAUACAUCCAGUGACCAAGGAUAUAUUGGUCACCCAUCCAUUUACACGUAUCUCGAACUGGUCAUCGGGUAACACCUAUUUCCACAUGACCAUCGGCAAUCUGGUACGGGGCUCGAAAUUGUUAUGCGAAACAUCGCUGGGCUACAAGAUGGACGAUCUGCUGACUUCAUAUAUAUCGUUGAUGUUGACCAAUAUGAACAAGAAUCGGACCUUGCGAGCCAACUAGUAAAACCUACAAUUACGGAAUAUAUUUAUAAUUAUUAUAAAUUACAAUUGCAAUAACUUAUACAUGCCUAGUACUUUAUAGUUUUAAGUAUUCCCCCACACGCUCGACUCCCUACACUUUAAUGGCAUUCCCUCCACAGUGAAAUCAUUCCACUUCUGGCUUGCUCAGCUAUCGAUUAUACCAAACAAAUUUUCCAUUUUUUGUGUUUAAAUAUUCUGUUUAAUUUUUUGUAUAAAUUUUGCAAUAACUGUCUUAAGUUAUUUUUUUAUCGCACAUUCCGGUAAACUAUUGUAUUGAGGUUUUGUAGAUAAGAACUGUGUCUACGCAUCUAUCUCUUUGUAUAUCUUAACUGCAUAUCUGUACUGAUGACUUUUUGUAUCAAAUACAUAGAAAUGUUCAAUUAUUUAAUAAAUUAUAUAAAAUUUAAA